AUGCCAAUCUACCAAUCCUCCACCUUCGUGCAGCCGAGUGCAACAGAGUUCCAGGAGUAUGACUACACUCGCUCGGGGAACCCCACGAGAAGUGCGUUGGAGAAGCUGGUCGCCGGCAUGGAGGGCGCGCAUGCAGCUUUCGCUUUUACGUCCGGGAUGGCAGCCUUGUCCUGCAUGACUCGGUUGGUGAAGGCUGGAGAUGAAAUCAUUUGCAAUGCCGACAUCUAUGGCGGGAUGUACCGCCUCCUGACAAAAGUUGCUACAAGACAAGGCAUCACUGUCAAGUUUGUCCAGAUCUGGAACCUUGAGGAGGUGAAAAAAGCCAUGACGAGCAAGACCAAGAUAGUUCACAUCGAGUCUCCUUCCAACCCCCUGAUGAUGGUCACGGACAUUCGCGCGCUCUCCAAAAUUGUGCAUGAACGUGGCGCGCUGCUCACGGUGGACAACACGAUCCUCACACCUCUCCUGAUGAAGCCGCUCGAGCUCGGGGCGGAUGUUGUUGUCCACUCAGCGACUAAGUUCUUUGGAGGACAUGCAGACGUGAUGUCAGGGUUCGUUUGCUGCAAGACGGAGGAGCUGAGCAAGCAGAUCUACUUCCAUCAGAACGCUGAAGGGACAGGACUUGCACCGUUCGACUGCUGGCUGGUACUGAGGGGGAUCAAGACCAUGGCCGUGAGGAUUGAGAGGGGGAUGAGCAACACUGUGGAGGUGGCAAAGUUCCUUGCUGCACAACCCAUUGUGAAGAAGGCUGUUCGCUACGACCUUCAGAUGAGUCAAUCGAAAGGAGCAGGGGUUCUUCUCUCCUUCGAAACAGGCAACGUCGAACUGUCACAAAGGAUUGUAUCAGCUCUCAAGAUCUUCAAGAUCACCGUCUCUUUUGGAGGAUGCUCCUCCGUCGUCGAGAUGCCCUCAGUCCUCUCGCACGCCUCCAUCCCUAAGGAUGAGCAGGCAGGCAUCCCUUGCAAGCCUCCGAGUCGCUCACGUUGA